CUUACUCUAAAAAUAAGCAGGCAAGAUCCGCGCACGACACGGAAGCCUUCGAUCGAUCGAAACCUGAAAUCUACAUAGGAUCAAUUUGUACAAAACUCGGCUCUCCUGAACGUUGAGAGAGAAGACGUGACCACGUCGAAAAGGUCAGCAAACGAACGAAGAUCCACAAAUCUUUCAUUCUACUUUCUUUGGGUUUCAUAGCACCAACCUCUUCGAACAGUAUGGGAAAGAUCAGAGUAAAGCCAGAAAGGCUGUGGCAUAAGAAAUAUACUAGGGUGAUAAACAUUGACAUUUGUAAAUCUGCUACUUACUCCUUUGAUAAGCAGGCACUACAACAGAGCUCUUUUAUCAAUUUGUAAUAUUAGUUCAGUUGUGAUGGCACACGAUUGAGUGACAGAUUGGUUGAUUACACAGAAACGCCGAUCGAACCCAGAUUGAGACCAGAAAUUAUCUAUCUCAUAUUACCUGAAUCUUUGCGAAAACAAAUGUCACCGGAGAAGAUGUACGGCAAUCACGGCAAGCGGAGCAGGCGGCUGGAGAAAGGUGCCGCUAGCUGCUGUGCCAGAGCGCUCCAACUGUUCCCUUACGUGACAGUUUUGCUCGUGAUGACUAUCAGUAUUGUUGAACUGCUGGAGCAUGUGGGCCCGUUCAAAGACUGCGUCCGCAAUCGUGCAGAUCCUACGAGUUGCGUCCUCGUGGUGGAAGGAAAGGGUGAUCGUAACGAUUCGGUGCUCCUUCGGCUCUAUGCCGAUAAGGAUUCAGAAAUCUGGACGGAAAACAACUUCGAGAGGGAGGCUGACUUCCGACACGGCAGAGUGUUAACUUACCCGCUCACCGCUUCGGGCCGUCGAUUUGGCUCCCCUGUGAAAGUGGAUCAGAUGUGUAUCGAAAUGCCCAAAUAUAAUCUGAAGCCGUCAAGCUGUCCUGAGUUUGCGGGUGGCAUACUAAGGCGCAGCAGGUGGCUGACGUUUCUUGUCCACGAUGGCUUCUGGGAUCAUUACUUUCUGAACAUGAACGCGUUGCUGAUUACUGGUGGGUUCAUUGAAAUGCGACUUUCGUACCAGUUUCGGCCUUGGUUCUUUGGACAUUUGUUAUUUCUGCUCAUUUUGAUUUUGAGCAUGCUCGUGUCGGGCCUGGUUAUCUUUUGGAGUGUCGAACGACAAAAAGAGGGAAGACGCUCGGUCUUGGUCUGGCCAUCGCCUGAUCACGAGUUUCGUUCGGUCGCUGGCGACGUGCCCGACCCUAGCGACAACGCGGAGACGUUACUGCGCACUCAUUUUGGUGAGCCACCCAGAGUGGUGUCCUUUUCUGGCGGCGCCAGUGGAAUCAUCUACCAAUGGUUCCCUGUCUUCUUCUGCCUCUACUUCAUUUUUCGUGCCGAUGUAUUCUAUUGUCUUGGGGCUCGUUAUCUUUAUCCCAGACCGUCUGCGAACAAAGGGAUCAGCUGUCUCCUGAGCCAGGGUCGUCAGGACAUUGAUUCAGACGACGACGAUGAAUACGCUGACGCAAAUGAUGUCUUUGGCAUGGGCGAAGAUGCUGACGUGUCUGCGGACGUGGAACAACAACAAGCUCCUUUUCUCCCUCAGGUCACGGACGGAAUGGCCGACGCACCACAAGGUGGAGAGAUCGUUGCUGACUCAAAAAAUGAGUGGUCGAAAAAUUUGGAUCACCGAGUAGCGAAAGGGACGAAGACUGGUUGCUGCUCCCGUCGCGGGCAACGCGACCGAAGCCUCUUGUGCGAAGUAUUGCUGUCAAUUCUCCAUAUAUGUGGAGGAUUCCUGGUUGCCGGAAGUAUAAGCCUUGUGAACCUUCUUCGCGGGCAUAGGUCUGAUGAGUUCACGCACUACAUGGUAUUGGUAUUCGGCCUUCUGCUCUGGGUCCCCCUAAUCUGGGGUGUCAAGUUGAUGUAUCUGGCGAAGAUGAAAUCCGCUAGAGACUGAGACAAGAAGAGACAUGCCAGCGCGUCUUUCCAGAAAUUCCACUUGCCGGCCACCUCGAUAAACCACCUAGAGGAGAACCCCUCUGCUGGUAGUAUCCGAGGAUAUUGACUAUGAGAAUUUCAAUUUCUAUACAUGGGAGGUCGAUUGGAGGAUUUACCCUAUUGGGAAAGUAAAAUUAUUAUUAAGGAAGGUGCACAAAGGUCAAAAUAUGGAAGCCACUAAAAUGUGUGAAACCGCUAAAAUGUACAACUAUACUCCAGUAUUUCAGGUCUACAUAUCAUCGUUGGAGUUGAGCGACGCAUCCGGGGGGCUCAAUGUGAAGUACCCCUAACCUAACCUAACCUAACCCAACCAUUUCAGGUCUACAUAUCAAUGUCACUAGCGAGAUAGUAAUACUGGGUCGAUGCUUCAACAUACGUACCUGCUCGCUAUCCGAAGGUUCGCAAACCGACUCGAGAAUGAUGUCCUCUACUGGGAAGGUGAAAUAACGAUGAUUAAGGAAGCUACAAAAGAGCUAAACUGACGAAACUACAAAAUGAAAAUGAUACAUGCCCACUAUUUCAAAUCUAGUCCGUAUCUCAUUGCUAGGGAGAUGUCGACACCGGAUUCUUCAAGAUUAGUGCUCGCUAUCUACGCUUGGCAAGGAUCUUCGACAAAAAUCAUUUCAACAUUGGAAGAGAAAAAGAUGAAAAGUAGAAGUCUUUGCGCAGCAGCAGUUGUGAACAGAGG